CCUAAGCAUUAAAGACUAAUGUGGUGAAAACUAAAAGUUUCUAUCUGCUGUCAUCAUCGAAAAACUAGGCAACAAAAGUACACUAUAAGGGGUGGUCGUACAAUUUUGACAGCCACUGUAUAUAUCCGAAGUUUUUAGUUGUGUCGAUUUUUGAGAAAAAACUGCUGUUGAAAAGACACUACACUAAAUCAAUGAACAACUAUAUUUUUGGUCUUUUUUUAUAUUCUCAAUUUUUGCGUAAGCAAAUAUGCAUUUUCUAAAGUCAAUCAUAUUAAUGCUUAACCGUCAUGAAUGGUCUCUUCAUUCAUCACAACAGAUGCAGUUCUCACCAUUUCACGCAAUAGUUGUUUGCGUUUGUAAAUUACGGCAUUGUGAGCGUUAUUUCAUCGCGAAAACAUCUUUUCAUUCAUUUCUAGCUGUCAGGAAGCAAUUUUAAAUUUUGCCUAGAAGUCCUACAACACUAAAUUUUUAUGCUCUAUCAGACCAAACUCUUGCUGUUUUUUUAAAUAUUUGAGUUUGCUGGAUUGAGCGUGACGGAAUCACCAUUAGAUGACUUUUUUUUCAUAUGAAAAUUAGAGAUAUUCUCUUUCACGGACAUGAACACUAUAUAGGCGUGUUUGUGUGCAGACAGGAUUUGAAGACUUUGCUGACCACUCUAGAAGUUACUUUAUGGUGUCUUUUAUAAAUCAGUAGUGUGGGUGGGUGUGAAGUGUGGCUACGGCCAUGAUUGCGGUUGUGGAUGGGUGGGUGUGCGAAUACUAAAGGAAAAUGUAUGAAAACCUACGGUCACAUCUUCACACCCACACACCCGCAGCCACACGCUCACAGCAAAUUAUAUUACCAGUGUAAGUAAUAGAUUAGAACCGGAUUUUCGUUCCACCAAAUCAAAAUUAUCUUGGAUUGAAAUCUCCCAGAUGAAAGAAUUUCUGAUUUUAACCAAGAAUAAGCUUCCAAAUCAAAUAGAAUCUUGUACAGAAUCAAAAUUAUCGUUGAUUUGGAAGAUUUGAAUCGAGUAUAAUUUUGAUUUUGUUGCGCAAAAAUACGGUUCUAAUCUAUCAUGUUUCCGUGGGUUCUGAGAAGAGAAGUAAUACUUUUAUAUUAUGAUAACUCUUGUAAAUGAUUAGCUUUAUUGAUUUAAUUUUACGCUAGAUAAAAGUUAUGUACUUAAUUCGAUAAACUACCUCUAAUUUUCUGACGAAAAACAUAUAAACAAAUAUCUGCAUUUUCAAAACCCUAUUCCAUCGCGAUAAUAUUUUAAACUUGUGAGGCAAAGCUGUCGUAUAUUUUGGCUUGUUUUUUUUUCUCUACAAAUAGCUCCUCAUCUAAGCAAUAGCUUUCCUAUACAAAAGUUUUUAAUCACAGUUUUAGUUGAGCUAAAGUUUUAAGUUCUUUUUACACGACUCUAACUGAAAGUUCAUUUUCGAUUAUUCCGUCACGGGCAUAUAUUUAAACCAUAAAAAUGUAACGGAAAGGCAAAAUCUCGUGAAAUUUUUAUAAUAUGUAGAGCAGACCGACUUAUAUCUUUUUGCAAAAUAUUAACCCCGUCUGCCUUUUAUUUGUUGAGAUAUUUCGAGGAUUAAGUGAAAAAACGUUAUUUCGUCACGCUUGGGCAGGCCGCAAGUAAAACUUCACUAAAAACCAGGAACUAGUACAUGAUCAGUUUGUGAGUGUUUUGUUUUCUUUUGAACUAUUUUGUAUUUUGUACUUAGCGUUAAACAAUUUCUCAGUUAGCCCAUUAAAUAGGUGAAAAGAAAAAUACUCUGUUUAAAACUGAUGUCGUUAUAAGAAAAGAACUGGUUCAAAACAUAUGGUUAUACGCACAAGAUUUUUUUUUAUCUAAAGAGAAUAGCAAAAUUUAUAGGUUUUGGAAAUUUUCUACUUUUUUUGAUAAAAUAGAGGAAAAAUAGGAAUUUUUGUGAAAAUAUAGGACAAAAAUAGGACUUUUUUGAAAAUAUAGGAAAUAUAGGUCGAAUCGCAGCCCAGGCUAUGUAUCCAAAUAUAAUUCUUACAAAUCGUUUCCAACCAUCAGUUAUUGUUGAUUCAACAAUAUGUGCAUAAUGUGAUUUAAAUCGUCGAAAUGUACGUUGUCAACGUAAAAUGUGGAUUAGAUAUAGCGUGGAACUUAUGUUCCAGCUACAUGUAGUGAAGUACAACGAAUUCAAAUACAACUUGAAAAUGAAUGAUAUUCAUUUAAUAGACAAACAAUUGGGAAAAAAUUCUUUGCCGAAGGAUAAAAAGAAAGAUUGACAUUGAUCUUAAUCUCAAUCAAUAAUCUUAAUUAGUUAUUAUUUUAACUAACAAUAAUAAUACUUUAUCAUUUCAUGAAUUAUUACAAGAUAUUCAAUUAUCAAUUGAUCGUAAACAUUUAGCUGAUUAUUGUCGUACAGCAUAUAAAAGUGCGCGAUGGCAUCGAAUAGAAAUGGAAGGUAUUGUAUGUAUCACAGGUUCAACGAUCAUUAAACGUAAUCGAGAACUUGUUAAACAAAUUGAACGACCUUUGGAAUUUGAUACAGAUGGUAUAUGGUGUGUAUUACCAGCAACGUUCUCGGAAAAUUAUGAAUUAAUAACACGUGAUCCAUUACGUCCAAAAGUUGUUAUAUCUUAUUCAUGUAAUUUAUUAAAUUUAAUUAUUAAAGAUCAUUAUACAAAUGAUCAAUAUAAUGAAUUAAUUGAUAAAAAACAUCAAUAUGAAAUUCGUUAA